AUGGCUCGACGCCCCGCUGGCGUCACCGACCCGCGGCGCGACCCCACCAAAGGCCCCGCACGAGCUGGCGAGCUCAUCAUGGGAUCUCCCGCGACUGUCCGACUCGAUGUGAAGAAGGGGGACGUGCUACAGUUGCUUGUGGAAAAUCUAGGUCGAGUCGACUUUUCGCUAGCCCUGAAGGACCAGGUAAAGGGUAUUGUUGGCGAUGUCAAGAUUGGCAAUGAGAUCCUGAAGGGUUGGGCCACAUACUCGUUACCCAUUUCCCAGCUGCCGUCCUUGUUGAACAAAACGGUCAGCGCCGCGGACACGCCUGUGUUCUACACCGGCUCGUUCAUUCUUCCCGAUGGUACCGAGACCGAUCAGAGCGGUGACAUCCUCCUUACCUUCCCCAAGGGUAUCAAGGGACAGGUCUGGGUGAACGGGAUCAACAUGGGGCGAUACUGGACCAUUGGGCCUCAGCAGAGCCUCUACAUUCCCGGCUGUUACGUCAAGGAUCAUGCGAUGUCCAACGAUGUCGUUGUUUUGGAGCUGGAGCCCAAGGCCGGCACCGAACUCACAGGCAAGGGCGUUGCAACAAGGGAGUGGUUCAACAGUCCCGACCCUGAUGCUCCAUGA